CAGAAAGAGUUGAUUCCCUUGUAUGAGCUCAAUCGUGGCGAUGCCGUUACGAUCGCUGUCAUUGCUGGCGACACAGUGAAUGGACCUAUAGCAGUAGUUCACCUACAGUUAGACUCGUGGGCUAGGCAAGCUCAAUAGCUGCUAUAGGGCAAAGACGUUCAGAUUCUGCACCUUUAUCGCGACCUUUUAUGUAAAGACCAUUCGACGGAGCGAAGCAAGCUCUACAAGACCACCAAAGCUCCGCUAAUGAUCCAGAUAACAUAAUGCUGCUGGUGGACUGCCGACGUCAGAAUAAAUGAUGCGGAUGUCCGACAUCCACAGUCAUCCCCUUCAAAAAUUUCGUCAGAUGUCCAAGAAAAACAUGCUCAUUUGUUCCGGGCAUUCGUGCAUAUCUAUAUCCAACCUGUUUGUGGAUAAAGAGGCGCUAGGUCAAAACUGUGACCGCUUAAACUGGGAUAUAAUACUCGAAUUCAAAAAUUCAGAAGCUCUCCAGCUGUUUUACGGACAGAUGAAAGUGCGCCACACUCCCACCGCGAUGAGCGUCCAAGAUUCACGUUCAAGCCGCUAUGAAGUCUCCCUCCUCCUCCUAUUCCAUCAGAACGUGCGUCGUGAACAGUUACUCUAGUAAUCGUUGAUAGUUAGUCCCUUAUCCCUCACAAAGUGUUUUGUUCUCUUACUCCCUUGUCCUUAUCUCUAUACCUCACAACUUACCAUUUUUAUUUUGUAC